ACCCCCCACACAGUUCCCCCCACCGUAAGGACCCCCCAAACACUGAGAAACGUGGGGCCACAGCUCCGCCCCAAGGAGGUGGAGUCCCCAAACAUUAACCUCCACGCCCUCAAAGGUCCAAAGAAUUUCUCCCCCUAUGGCCUCCCUUCACAUCACGCUCGUGGGUGGACACUCCUCCACAGGACUGGCUCCCAAGGCCUCCCCCUCACUCCAGACACCUUUCCCAACGUAUAUGCCUCUGUGCUUGAAUAGACAUCGCUAGUCCACAGGACCCCCUCCCCGGACAUACACACCUCGGGUGGGUCCCCCACGCGGACCUGCCCUUUGGAGAAAGGCAACCCCCCCCCAAGCUGAUGGCUUCAGCCUUCCCCCUGCCUUGUCUCAUACAGAAGGACUUUCCCCCAUGGGCGGCUAUGCCGGCUCCCAAAGAGCCAUAGAUACUAACAGCCUCCAACCCAGCCCUUCCCCCACAGAUCUCACAACACACGCACACAUGCACCUUUCUGGCCGGACUCCCAACCCCCAACACCUCUCAGAAAGACCAAGACCAGAGACCCCCAGGUCCUGAGGAGAGGAUAAGGAUACUGAGGCUGAAAGAAGUGAUUUGUCCAUGUUCGUGCAGUAAAUGUCAAGUAGAAUUUGAACUGUCUUCCUGACUCAAGGUUCUGUCCACUGCACCCUAGGCUUAUAGUUAAGAGUUAAUGGGUUUGUUCCACAGUAACCCUGAGAGCCUAGGAAAUAAUCCGGGUUGCGGAGGGACAGGGCGCUUAUCGCUUUCGGCGUUCUCAGGCCAGAGCUGGGGACCCGGAGGUGGGGUUCCUCCUUUCAACGCGCCCCCCACUUACAGGCAGCGCUUCUGGCCUUCCUGUGGAUGCACUCUCUGCUCUCCACCCACCCCUAUCUACGCCUGCUCCCCCGAGCUCUCUCCAUGGCCACAGGGUCGCCCGAAGCCUCGGUCCCCACUGGCUCGGACUACGUCGCUGGCUCCGUCUCUGUCGUCUUUGUCACCUGCCCCAAUGACAAGAUCGCCAAGAAUAUUGCCAGGUCUGUGGUGGAAAAGCGACUGGCUGCCUGUGUCAAUCUAGUACCUCAAAUUACAUCAGUCUAUGAAUGGAAGGGGAAGAUUGAGGAAGACAGCGAGGUGAUGAUGAUGAUGAAGACUCAAACUGCCUUGGCACCAUCCUUGACAGAAUUUAUUCGUACUGUUCACCCAUAUGAAGUGGUUGAAGUCAUUACACUGCCUGUGCAACAGGGCAAUCUACCAUACCUUCACUGGGUAAAAGAUAGCACCACUCAUCAAUGAUGACUAUUUUGAUGGACUUCUGAGCCUAUUCUGAUACCUGAUAACUUCUACAUUUUCACUUUCUUUAAAUAAACCCUAUCCCCAGA